AUGUAUGACAUUAAUAGAGCUCAAUGUGUGGAAGUGGUGAGUGCCGAACUGGAUGUUCUGAACAGUGAUGAGUUGAAGAGAAUUUCAUUAGGAAAUUAUGAAAACGAAUUAUAUGAAUUUGAAAAAGUACAUUCAAGUGGAAUGACAUCUAAAUUGUUUUUUGAUCCGAGAUAUGGUACUGUAGAUUGUAGACAAAUAUGUACAGUAUGUUUUGAAAGACAUGAGAAUUGCAUUGGCCAUAUUGGACAUUUGGAAUUUACUUUACCAGUGUUCAAUCCGUUGUUUUACAAAGAUCUUUAUGAAUUACUUAGUUUGGUUUGUUACAACUGUUAUUAUUUUUGCUGUUCAGAAGAAGUAAUUUUCUUAUUAAAACACAUUUAUCAGUUGAAGGCCCUGAAUGAAUUGGAGAGUACAAAUAAAAUUGCAUGCAAAGGGAACUAUGACAAGGAGUAUAUCAUUGAUCAGAUUGAGAAAUUAUAUCUAAAAAUAUGCAAUGAGGAAGGAGACUCUUUUCUCCAAGAGAUUGUUGUCGAUGCAGAGGAGGCAUGCUUGGAAAGAGGCUUUAUGAGUCCAGACAAAGGUGAUGCAAAUAUGGUUCAAAGUGGCAAUGCGGAUUCAGUGCAUGAAAAUGCAGUUGAGGAAACGAAUGCGGAUCCAACAGAACUGCGAGGUGCAGAGAGGAAAGGAAAUGACGAGGUGAAUUUUAAAAAGCUGACAGAAAAAAUUAGAAAAUUUAAUUUCAGUCCAACCAAAUUAGCAUUUCAGGGAAAUUAUAAUUAUGAAGAAUAUCUAAUUUUAUGUAAAACGUUGAAAGCACUGAUGAAGAAAAGUUCUAGAUGUCAUUCAUGUCAUUUUAAGAGAAAUAUAACUGCAAAGAUGUCGCAAAAAAGGGAUACCAUAAAUUUCGUUGGAUCCUAUUUGAACAACUCAUUUUUUAAAAAGUUCAUAAAAGUAGAAGAGAAGAAGAAAAAGAAAAAAAAAGAACAAACUUAUAAUGAAAAAGGAGAACUCGUGGGGUAUGACGAGGUGGAAGUAGAAGACGACCUAGAGAAUAUGUUGGAAUUGGAUGAAGAGAUGGAUAACAUGCAACAGGCAAGUGGCAAUGAAAGAUUUGGGAGGUUGGAAGAUCCAGACGAGAGAAAAAAAGGAGUUGAAAGUGUAGAAAUUGGAAUAAGAUUGGGAGAGCAAGAUCGAGAUGAAAACAGUAGUGGUGCAGUAGAUGAAGCUCCACAAUUGAGUACUUCACCAGGGACAAGUGUGAACAAGAUGAUUGACAUGUACAAGAAGCAGAAUGUGAAGGAAAAGAACAUAGUGAGAUUGUUUAGUUUCCAAGUAAAAGAUUUGCUGAAGAAGAUAUUUAAAAAGAAUGACAAAGAGAUAAUGAGUUUGCUGUAUCCAUUUACAAAGAAAGAUGGGUACAAUGUUUUUUUUUUAUACAAUAUGGGUAUAAGUGCAAAUAGAUUUCGAGUGAAGCUAAGAGGAACACAUAGUAAAUCUAAGAUGCUAGAUGUAUUGAAUAGAUUUAAUUCUUAUGUGAAUUUGUGCAUAAAUGCAAAGAAAGAAAUUAAUUUUGAAUAUUUGUUGGAAAAUAAUAAAAGAGAAUUGCAAAUGUAUAAGGAAAUGUUUACUCUUUUCUCCAUAAGAAUGAAAUAUAGACUUAACACAGGUAUUAUGGAUAAUGAUACAGAAAUUACAAAAAUUGAUUUUUUAAAAGGGUAUGAUUUAAUAUAUCGAAAUAAAAGUUCAUAUAUAAACAUCCUGUUCAGCAAUUUACAAGUUGGGAUAAAUACAUUUUUUGAUAGUUCAUUUAUUGCUCAUAUGCCAAAUCCAAAGAAAAUGAAUAAUCAAGGGAUUCGAGAAAUUUUAGACAAAAAAGAAGGUAUUUUAAGAAAAAAUAUUAUGGGAAAGCGGGUAAACAAUUGUGCACGAACGGUUAUUUCUCCAGAUACAUUUAUUGAAACUAAUCAGAUAGGUGUGCCACUUGAAUUCGCAAAAAAAUUAACUAUAGAUGAAUGUAUAACAGAACAUAAUUUUGAAUAUAUAAAGAGACUUAUUUUGAACGGACCUGAUAUAUAUCCUGGUGCAUUAAGCUAUAGAGAUGCAAAAGGAAAUGUGUUUAAAUUAUCAUCUGAUUAUGAAAAUAGAAAAAUGUUAAUUAAACAACUAGAAAAAAUAAAUUUUAAAAAAAAUGUUCCCACUUUAAUUCUACAUAGACAUGCACGAGAUGGAGAUAUUGUAAUCAUGAACAGACAACCAACUUUGCAUAAAUUUUCAAUCAUGGCUCAUUUUAUGAAAAUUUUUCAAAAAGAAAAAGUAUUUCGAUUAAAUUAUGUAAAUUGUAGUUCAUAUAAUGCUGACUUUGAUGGGGAUGAGAUGAAUCUUCAUUUGUUACAAACACCUCAUGCAAGAUCAGAAGCUACUCAUCUGAUGAAUAGUGAUUUUUUAUUUACAAGUUUUAAGGAUGGUUCUCCUUUGAGAGGUUUAGCUCAAGAUUUUAUUUUGGGUGGUUUACAUUUAACUUCUCUCGAAACAUUUUUAAAUUAUGACGAGUAUUGCAACCUUUUGCAAUGUUCUCUCAAUUGUUUACUUUCAAAGAAAAAUUCCUUUUACUUUGAGAAAAAAAUACAGACGAUUGAUCCAAGUUCGUGCACCCUUUCCCGUGAUGAAAAGAGGACCACGAGUGGAAAUGGCAACCCAGGAAGUAAUGACGACGAGGAGGAGGAGGAACCCAAGCAAAGUUCAUGGAAGAUUAGGAACCACAGCUACCUAGACCCCUAUGCAUCUGUCCUGAAUAGAACCCAAUUCACCAUCGUAACGGAACAGCCAGCCAUUCUUUUCCCAAAAAAGAUGUGGACAGGAAAACAACUAAUAACAAGCAUUCUAAAAACAGUUAUAGAUAAAGUUGCAAUAGAAACAUAUAAUCGUGAUAAUAAAAACGAAUUUAUGUCAAAUUACAAAGGAAUAAAUUAUUGUGGAAAGGCCAAAACAGAUCCAUCAUUGUGGUCAUUCGAUCCUAAAAAUGAAUGUGAAGUAAUAAUAAAAAAUUCAGAGUUGUUACAAGGAGUAUUGGAUAAAGUACAUUUUGGUGCAAGUCCUAACAGUUUUGUUCAUUUAUGUUAUGAAUUGUAUGGACCUAAGACAGCAGCAGUUAUUCUUGAUUGUUUUGGAAGAUUAUUUAUCAGUUUUCUACAACUCAGAGGAACAAGUCUUAGUUUAUAUGAUUUUAUUUUAAAGAAAGAUGCAAAAAUGGAGAAGUUACGAAUAAGAAAAAGAAUAUCUUUUACUGGAUUUUAUUUACAGAAUUUAUUUUGCCAUGCCAUUGCCAAAUCGUUGAAUACAAACAUCUCACAAAUGAAUGUUUACAGCAGGGAAAAGAUGAAUUCUUAUGCUGAGAAUAACGAUUCGUUUGUGAAGAAUAUUUAUGACAUUUACCAGCGGAGGGAUGCCCUCAUUCGAGCUUUUCACAGGGAGGCACAAGGGGAAGUAGCAGAUGGGAGAAGAAGCGACAUGGGGAGAAGCAUCGACAUGGGGAGAAGCAUCGACAUGGGGAGAAGAAGCGACAUGGAGAGAAGCAUCGACAUGGGGAGAAGCAUCGACAUGGAGAGAAGCAUCGACAUGGGGAGAAGAAGCGACAUGGAGAGAAGCAUCGACAUGGGGAGAAGCAUCGACAUGGAGAGAAGCAUCGACAUGGGGAGAAGUAUCGACAUGGGGAGAAGCAUCGACAUGGGGAGAAGCAUCGACAUGGGGAGAAGCAUCGACAUGGGGAGAAGCAUCGACAUGGGGAGAAGCAUCGACAUGGGGAGAAGUAUCGACAUGGGGAGAAGCAUCGACACAUUGCAUGAACAUGCACCCUUGAAAGGUGCACCUUCGGAAGAACAGCUAGAAAUAAAGGAAGAGACAUAUUUCAUCGCCCUGUUGAAUAAAGAAAUAAAUAACAUUUUUGGAAAAUGCACAGAUAAAGAGUCAAGCAAUUUUUCAGAAUCAUCUCUUGUGGAAAAUGCCCUAAGUUGGAGUAACACUCCUCCAAAUUAUGAGAAAAAUAUAGGGAAAAAGACGAGAAACGAAAGGGAUAACAAUGCUAGAGAGGUCGAAAAAGGAAGAUUAGAUGUAGUGCAGAAGAUUCUGGCAAAGAGACUUUUUCAUUCGUUAAAUGAACCAGAAUUUCUUGAUAACCCCAAUUUUGUUGGGUCCAAAGUCAUAAAAAUAAUAGAAAAAGUGAUUACUUUUUUAAGAAAAGCUAACUGUAACAGGAAAUUGAAGAUAUAUAUUUUAUUUGAACUGUUUCAAAAUAAAAAUGUUAUGAAGUAUUUUCCAUCCUUGGAGAACUACCUGAGUGAUUUCUCAUACGAUGUAACAAAUGAAGAAAUAUUGCACCAAGUGUUGAAUAAUAUUUACAUGGAAAAAAAGGGUACCAAGAAAAACAUAACAAUGAAGUUGGAGAAGAUGGAGGAGCAAGAGGGCCCACAUGACAUACCACCAUCUACACCGGAUCAUGUAAGUAAACAAAUGGUGCAAAAAUUUUUAAUCCUUUUAGAAAAUAUGCAAAAAAGGGAAGACAAUCGUGAGAACUUGCUUGAGAAUCCAGGAGUACCAUGUUCUCGAAAUGGUGGAGAUUCCAAUUUAGACGAAGGGAAUGAAACAACCAUUCUGUCAAGUAGACAUACCUACGAGGAGAAGGAGGAUUAUUCAUUAGGUAUUCACGUAGGUGAGAAGUGUGAUAAUAACAUGGGUAACUAUAUAAACCAUCAAAUGGAAGAAGAGGAUGAAAGAAAGAUAAGUAACUGCCUGAAGAAAAGUUUCCCUUCAUUUGUGUUGAAUGAGAAUAUUGGGAAUUUAUCAUUCAAUGACAGGUACCAUUACUAUGAUGAAUACUUAAAUCUGAAAAGGACAGAAGAUGAAAUAAAUUUUCAGUUUUAUAACAUGAAAGAUGUUUUUAACAAAAUAGAAUAUUUGAUAGAGAAAUAUUUUUUACAUAUGAGAAUAGAUUUCGAUGGAUUAAUCGAUUCAUUGUUUCAGCCAUACCUUUGUCGUGUGUCAUCAAAUACGAAUAAUUUAAUAUCAAUGAAUAACCUUAUGAACAAGUUUUUAAACAAUGGGUUUAGUAAUAUGAUCUUCACAGGAGCAAAAGGAAGUAAAGUAAAUUAUGCUAUGAUUUGUGGAAUGCUAGAUCAACAGUAUUUAGAAGGAAAGAGAGUACCAAGAAUGAGAUCUGGAAAAACAUUACCAAGUUUUCAUAGAUAUGAUUAUGGUGCUCGUUCUUGUGGAUUAAUUACAGAUUGUUUUUUGGAAGGAUUAAGACCUCAAGAAUAUUUUUUUCAUUGUAUGUCAGGAAGAGAAGGACUAAUUGAUACAGCAGUUAAGACAGCAAAAUCUGGAUACAUACAAAGGUGCCUAAUUAAAUGUAUGGAAUCAGUAAUUUUGCACUACGAUGGAACUGUUAGAAAUGAAGACAAUUCGAUUAUUCAGUUUUUAUAUGGUGAGGAUGGGAUCGACCCAUCGAAAACAUCUUACUUAGAUGCAUCCAGAGACUUGAUUUUAAACCAUCACGUUGCGUUCAGCAAAUAUUUGCUCCAUAAUGCUAUUGAGAAAAUACAGAGGAAUGAAAAACUCUUUUCCAGGUUUGAAGUAGGAGGAGAAGUAGGAGAAGGAGAAGAAGGGGAGAGCGUGAGGCAGAUUGGGCGUAAAAAUGGUCUGGAAAAGAAAUACCCAAAUUCAGAUGAACGAGAACCCAUAAUAUGUCACUAUAAUCCAUACACGUACAUGGGAGCCAUAUCAGAACAGUUUCAAGUCAAGUUGAAGAACACUAUUUUGAACGAUUUGAAUUUAUCAAACUGUUAUAAUUACCCUGAAAACUUUGAUACAUUGUCUGAAUUUCUACUUAAAUCUAAGUAUUACAAUUCUCUAUGCGCUCCAGGUGAAUCUAUAGGAAUUUUAGUAGCACAAUCGUUUGGAGAACCAGCAACACAAAUGACUUUAAACACAUUUCAUUUGGCAGGUACAGAAAAUGUUACAAUGGGUAUUCCAAGAUUGAAAGAAAUAUUUUUAACAUCGAAGUUGACAUCUAAACCUAUGAUUUAUGUUCCCAUCAGAGUGGAUGGAAAUAACAUACAUGAUUUAAAAAGUGCCAAUACGAAUGUGAAAAAUGCAAACAUAGUAACAAAUGACGUAAACAAAAUGAAGAAUUACAUUACUGAAAUUGCAGACAAAAUUUUGAGUUCUUACAAAAGCAUAUGUCUUAGUGAUGUCAUUUAUGGUAUUGGUGUGGAUAGAAAAUUAAUUUUAAAAGAAUCUGAUAGGCAAAAGAAACAGAUUCAUUGUAUCCAUGUGGAGGAUAUGGGUGUAAAUGCUAAUGAAAAUGGAUUCGCUAGCUACGCUUCUGGAGAAGUCCAAACAACAAAAAUUAUGAACGCGUUACAAAACACAGAACUAAGUUUUGAAAUCGAAAAGGAAUGGAAUUAUGAAAUUGUGAUUCAGUUUGAGAAUUUACAUCACUUUUGCAAAAUUAAUAAACAUAUAACCAUGCAACUCAUUCUUAGCAAAGCUGUAAAUUGUAUUCUUUCUUCAGUAAUGAACAAAAUUCAAGAAAGUUUACUCACAUACAACUUGAGACAUAUAAAUUCGUUUAAUCAUGAGCACUAUGAUGAAUUAUUUGAAUUUAUAAAUUUGAAAAUGCAAGAAGAUUUUAAUUUUAAUUUUGAAAAAAUUGAAUAUAAAAAUGAUGAAGAUAAAAUAAAUGCAAAAUUAAAAUUCUUAUCUUCUAAAAAUGGAUCCACAACACAGACAGAUAAUGUAGUUAUACGAGAUGAGAAUCACAUUGAUGAAAAUGACUAUUAUAACAAUAAUAAUAACAAUGACUCGUUUGCCAAGUCGAUGGGUCCUAAUGGAGACACGGGUUCUGCUUCGCGAAUGUACAACACUCAGCAAGAUGAAGACACAGUGAGUGCUGAUUUUAACACCAACCCACUUGAUGCAGAAAAUAAUCUUGACACAGAAGUGGAGGAUCAUAACGAGAAUGAUGAUGAGACCGAUGUGAAUGCAUAUCGGUCGAAGGGAAGCGGGGGAAAGAGUCUGAGCGGUGCUAGCGAUUCUGGGGAAGAUGCAGAAUCAGGAUCUUCUGCAUCUGAGGAGGAAAAGGAUUAUGAUGAAAGUGAACACAGUGAGGAGGCGGAGCUUGGAAGUGAGCCCAAUGGGGAAGAAGAGGAAGAAGGGGAAGAAGAGGAAGAAGAGGAAGAAGUGGACAAAGUGGACAAAGUGGACGAAGACGAAUCGGAUUACUCCAUCCAAUUGAAAGAAAGGAAAGAUGGAAAAAAAAGGAGACCAAAUGAAGGUACUAGUGUAAAGGAAAAGAGAAAAAGAAUCCAUGGAUCCGAAUUGACAAUCCCUGUUUCGACAUCUCCACUAUCAGAGAGGUCUACUUCGGCUGAGAGAAUUGGUGAAGAUAUGGACACAGAGGGAAGUGGAAAUCAUUCAUACUACUACUCACAUAGUGUAGACAAUUCAGAAGAAGAAGAAAAAGAAAAAGAAAUCGUCAAAGAUUUUGCAAAUCUCACAUAUGAUUAUAAAAACAACAUGAACUUAAAGAACAAAUGUGAUGAUGAGGAGAUGGAAGAAGAAGAAAAAUUUGAAAGAGAGAGUGGACUGAAAAACCAAAAUGAAAAUAAAAAAUAUAUAAAAAAUAUUAUAGACAAAUUAAAAUGUAGUUUAUUAUGCUUUGUGAAGAAUAUUAGCUUCUCACCAGUUACAUGGAUACUGAAAUUUGAAAUAGGAUGGGACAUUAAUUUCUUUCCGCAUGCAAUUGAUUUUUUAAGUUAUGUAAAAACAGAAAUUGCAAAAGAAAUUUUAUUCAAAGUUAAAGAUUUAAAUAAUCCGAAAAUUUUAAAAGGAAGGGAUAUAACACACACAGGAGCUGAAUAUGAAUUGCAGAUUGAAGGAAAAAAUAUAUAUAAAUUAUACAAUAUUAAGGAUAAGUACAUUGAUAAGACCAAACUGUAUUGCAAUGAUAUCUAUACCAUUGUCAAGACCUACGGUAUUGAAGCUGGAAGACUGUGCAUAACCAAAGAGUUGAAGAAAGUCUUUGAGGCCUACGGAAUUAAGAUCGACUUUAGACAUGUGUCCUUCAUUAGCGACUUUAUGACACACACUGGCGACCUAAAAUCAUUCAGCAGACACGGACUGGGAUGUUUUCGUAACGUCUUUCACAAAAUGAGUUUCGAGUGUGCAACGAACUUUUUAACACAGGGAUGUGUGCACAAUUCAGUUGAUUACUUGUCGACAGCUUCCAGUAGUUUAUUUUUUGGAAAGCCUAUCAAAGUUGGAACUAACGUUUCUGAUAUUAUUACACACCUCCAGGGAUCCGGAUGA